UGCUUACAGAUUUGCAUCAUGUAGUGGGUUUGUUAGAGAUGCAUGGAAAAUUCUUUGGAGAAAGGAUAAUUGUCUUGCAAUUGCUAAUAUGGAUUCAAUAAUAUCUGAGAUAGCAUCACCUUCAAUGAUGCUGUAGGUGUGUGUUAAGUUCUCCUUGUCGAUGCCUUCGACACGGUCUUUGACACUCUUAUACUGACCCCCAUCGCCAAAAUGGAUAACCUUAAAGGGUGGCAACGCCGCCAUCCCCUUCCAAGAUCUCGAUGUUCUUGAUGGCCUGAGGCAUGAUCUUGGGGAUGAGGGAGUCAGCGGCCAGCACCACGGCUUUGAACAUCCUUGCAGCUGGGAUGGAGGAAGGGAAGGGAUCUCCUCUGUUGUAGUAGAGUUUGAGCUUUAGAUUCUGCUAAGCAGCCUUUCACACUCAAAACUUGAUAGACACCGCAACAGUUUUUCUAUCAACAGCAACCAAUCCCGUAGUUUGAGAACGAUAUAUGAUAAGACCAGUUGCAGUGAAAUGCCUGCACACCAUCAAGCAUAACUAGGCUAGGCUCAAUCACCUUGAAAAUCUCUCGAUUCAUCCACUCUGCAAGAAUCCUAAGGCUCUCACAACUCUUUCCAAAGGUAAGAAAAAUGCUGAAGCAUUCAAGGUAUUUUCCUUUCCAUAGUGUGGAGCAUCUCUAUCCAAACGAGCAAUAGUUCCUACAAAAAUAGACACCUUUUCAGCAAUAUCAUUUCCGACCACCAGAAUUUGAAGCCCCACAUAUGCAGCCUCAGGAACAAGAGGGAUCUCCUCAUGGAUAAGGAAUCGUAUAGCACAAGGCUCGUAAAGGAAGAAGCCCAAAUCAUGAACCGUGGGACUUGUCUAUGUCUACCACGAAGUUGGUGGCGUAUGACGUUCCGAUGGACUCAGUGUCGAAGGUAAGGCAGGCAGUUGAAGGGCGGGUAUCUCCUCCUCCGAUCCCAACCUCUCCAUUUCUUACACAAAAACUCCACCGUAUGUCUCGCACUUUGCGAAGCAAUUAGGUCAAGGAUUUUCCGGCUGAUUUAUUGCUCGCUUUCUACAUUUUAGGAUCGGAAAUCUCCUUGCUUUUAGAAUUAUUCAGUUUGUUACAUUCUGUUGCAAAAUAACCUAUUUUUAGUAGAAGCCCUAAUUCACCCCAAAAAUAUCUUCCUUACAGAUAUACUCCAGCAGCAUCCUUACCCUACAGAUAUACAAAUACAUUUCUAUAUAUACCUUGCAGAUUUUAUCAGAAUCGAAAUCUGUAUAUUUUUGCGUGUAAUCAAUACUGUCAGAAAAUGGAUAUCCAGUCGUUGGUAUGUGAUAACGGAACUGGAAUGGUGAAGGCCGGGUUUGCCGGGGAAGAAACUCCAAGAGCAGUUUUCCCCAGCAUCGUUGGACGACCCCAACGCACCGGUGUGAUGGGACAAAUGGAUGCAUACAACUGGGAUGAUAUGGAGAAGUUAUGGCAUCACACUUUCCACAAUGUGCUUCGUGUUGCUCCGGAGAAGCAUCCCAUCCUUGUAACCGAGCAGCCUCUGACUCCCAAGGCCAAUAAGGAGAAGAUGGCUCAGAUAAUGUUUGAGAAAUUCAAUGUCCCCGCAAUGCACUUUGCAAUUCAAGCUGUUCUGGCUCUCUACGCCACUGGCCGUACAACAGGUGUUGUGUUGGAUUCUGGUGAUGGCAUGAGUCAUAUUGUGCCUAUUUAUGAGGCAUACUCGCUGCCGCAUGCUAUCCUUCGUCUGGACCUAGGCGGGCGCGACCUAACGGACUAUCUCAUGAAGAUGCUCACCGAGAGAGGCUACAUGUUCACCACAUCUGAAGAGCGGGAAGCUGUCCGUGAUGUCAAGGAGAAGCUUUCAUACGUGGCCCUCGACUAUGAGAAGGAGCUCGAGACAACUAAGACUACCUCCAACGUCGAGCAGAACUACAAGCUACCCGACGGCCAAACCAUUAGUGUUGGGGCCGAGAGGUUCCUUUGCCCGGAAGUACUCUUCCAGCCAUCUUUCAUCGGAAUGCAAGCUGUUGGGAUUCAUGAGACCACCUACGAUUGUAUCAAGAAGUGUGAUGUCGACAUGAGGAAGGAUUUGUAUAGUAACAUUGUGCUAAGCGGCGGCACGAGUAUGUUCGUAGGCUUUGCUGAUCGCAUGAGCAAGGAGAUCACUGCAUUGGCUCCUAGCAGCAUGAAAAUUAAGGUUGUCGCCCCGCCUGACAGAAUAUACAGUGCUUGGAUCGGAGGGUCGAUUCUUGCAUCUCUAAGCACAUUCCAACAGAUGUUGAUAUCCAAGGGUGAAUUUGAUGAGAUGGGUCCAUCAGUUGUCCACAGAACAUUUUUAGGUCCACAGAAGAUUCAAAAUUAAAGACGAAAAUAUUCGUAGCUAAACCAUAGACAAUCAAGAUUAACGACGAAAAUUCCAAGUUUCACGGCGGAAUGAUAGACCUCGGGUUGUGCUUGGUCGUACUCUUCACCUACGAUGGUAAAUAUAGUCGUUAAAUUUAACGACCAAUUAAAGGAGGAAAGUAGUCGUUAAUUGAUGUUUUUCAUUUUUUUUAUAUUCUGCCAUAAAGUCGUAGUCACAAAUAUUUUUAUUUUUUAUUUUUUUUAGUAUUCCGUCGUAAAGUAGUAGCUAUAUGUAUAUAUAUUUAUUAUUUUUUUAAUAUUCCGUCCUAAAGCCGUAGCUAUAUACAUGUUUCUUUUUAUAUUCCGUAGUAAAGCCGUAGCUAUAUAUAUUUGUUUUUUUAAUCUUC